CUAGGAAAUGAACGUCUUCACCAUACUCUCUCGGCCGGAUUAUAAAUAAGACCCCAGAUUAGCUAUGCUAUGCCCAAUAAACUUGACGCUUUAACUCACCAAACUUUCAGGAUGCUCUCUACUAUUUUCCUUCGAAUUUUCGCAAUAGUUGUAGCUACUGCUGCUGCUGCAGCACUUCCCACGCCCCAAUUUGCAAACUCGUCACGGCCAGCGGGGCAGUUUGCGGCCAGAAAUAUUAUUAGACGCUCCAAUAUUGUUCUCCCAUCAAUCCCAGAGGAGCCGAAUGACCUUUCGUCUCCACGGAUCUCUGACGAUCCCGGUCUUAGUGCAAUGUACCGGGGCAGCACCAAGUCUUCCAAGCGUCAUGCAGAAUCCAAGGGCAUUCCCAGAGAUGGGGUUAUUGAAUAUCCCGUGACGACUAUAGAGCGCCAAUUACCACCUCGGAAUUCUCUCGCGAAACGCGAAGACCAACCUGGACCCAUCCCGGUUAGUAUUGGCAGAGGAUAUAGUUCUAGUGGUAGUAUUGGCAACCAUAUUUCGAAGAGUGGUAGACGCGAAGCACAGCCAGUUGGCCGUGGGGGAGGAACAGGCAGAAAUCGCGCUGAUCCGUACAUUGUUAAAAGGCGCACGCCUGCUGUUCGAGCGGAGCCUCGCUUGCCACCUCGAAUGCUAGUUGUAAAGGCCCCCACAUCUCGAAAUGAUCCUCACGGCGAACAUCCUCUACCUGUGCGAAGUACUCAUGCAGUUUGAAGCGGUUCUGACCCUAACAUGCUUCCAUAUACAGGACGUACACCAUUUCUUUUUCAACGUACCUCCGGAUCACGAGGAGCGUAACGGGAAAAGCCCCAAGGUGGUAGAGAGAUGCAGCGUGCUUUUUGACGAGGUGGACCUCGUAUUGAGGAAGUUUUCGAUAAGGCGGAGAAGUGAGACAAUGCCAGACCUAAUGAUGCCGGUCGUAAGUAGUAAGAGUGAUCGAGUACUAGUUCGGACCUCAUUAUGUCUUUCUUUCUUUGUAUCGGUGGCUCUAUUCUGCCUGGCGCAGAUGCCGCUCGAUUGUACACUAUCGUCAGUCUUUUCGUUACAUGGCUACUCUUAUUGGCACUUUCUCCUCUUUCCUGCAUCGCCAUGUGACGCAAAACCUCGACUUCGUCUAAAUACGGGUCAUGUCUUUCAUAUGCUCGACGCUUUAGGCGUAUCAAGUACUUCAGCCGGUUAGUCAUGCCAUAUGGUCC